AUAAAUUCGAUCUACUUAACAUCAUUGAGAGGUAAACUAAUAUAAAUGGCGAUGUUCCACGCCCAGCCUUUGCUUCUUCUCCUAAUUGUAUCACUCCUUUUUUUACCUGCUGCUUUGGGGGCAACCAAAUUCAGAAAAUGCAAUCCCGACCGUAACUCUCCCGUUGAGGUCAAGACUCUGACGAUCUCUCCAGAACCCCCGGUUGAGAGUAGCACUAAUGGAAACAUUACUGUAAUCGGUGAUUCAAGCAUAGAGAUCUCUGAUGGAGCAACUGUAAGUAUCAUCGUUGCACCAAAAAGGUCAGAUAGAAGAAGCUACUCCUUAUGUGAUCUAGUGGCGUGCCCUGUUGCACCUGGCCCCAUCGAGUUUACUGUCCCUAACGUAUUCACUAAGGAAGAACUAGACGUAAUGGGAAAUAAGACAUAUUUGGUUAGAGUAAGCAUAAUAAUGCCGGAGCACCAGAAAGAGCCAGUGAUGUGCAUCAAGUUCUCUUGUGCUAUACGUGAAAUGUUUCCGUCUAGGCAAGCUAUCGAGUGAAACUAUGUUCCAAGUCUUUUAUGAGUCUGAUCUACUCUUUUAGGCAUGGUAAUCCUAAUGUUUGUUUCCGUUUUACUUUUUACAUGUCGUCCAACGAAUAAAAGACUUUUAUGUAUCGUCAUAAUGUUACCCAUCUGAAUGUAAUACUUCAUUUGUUUUCUUUUCGAAACAAUGUACUAUUUUCCAGUCAAUGUAUUGUUAGCCUCUUUACAGUA